CUGUCGCCGGCGCAGCACCGCUACGUGGCCACGGUCAUGCGCCUGCGCGAGGGCGACGCCCUGCGCUGCUUCGGCGCGGCCAUGGGCGAGUGGGCGUGCGCCGUGGAAACGACGACGCGCCGGGGCACGACGGUCGCGGCCGCGGUCCAGACGCGGCCGCCGCCGGGCGACGAGACGCCGCGUCUCGACCUCUACUUCGCGCCCCUGCGGAAGAAGCGGACGUCGCUGCUCAUCGAGAAGGCCGUGGAGCUGGGCGCGACGCGGCUCGCGCCCGUGAAGACGGAGCGCGUCGAGCGGGCGUCGCUCGCGGCGCUCGGAGCGGGGAUCCACGCGAGCGCGGUCGAGGCGGCGGAGCAGUGCGAGCGGCUGCGGGUGCCCGUCGUCGAGGACGUCGUGGAUCUCGCGUCGCCGCUCGGAGACCUGCCGCUCUUCGUCUGCGCCGAGCGCGCGGACGGGGCGUCGCCGCGGCUCCUCGACGCGCUCCUAGGCGCGGAGCUCGGCGACGGCGCCGCGUUGCUCGUGGGGCCCGAGGGCGGCUUCUCCGACGCGGACCUCGCCGCCGUGCGCGCGUCGAACCCGGACGCGACCUUCGUCAGCCUCGGCGCCGGCAUCCUCCGCGCGGAGACCGCCUGCUGGGCGGGCCUCGCGGUCGCCGCGGCCGCGCUGGGC